UUUUUUUUUUUUUUAAGAUAUGGAGUCUCCCUAUGUUGCCCAGCUGGUCUUGAACUCCUGAGCUCAAGCAAUCUUCCUGCCUUGGCUUCCCAAAAUACUGGGAUUACAGGUGUGAACCACUAUGCCUAGCCCUGGCAAUGACGCUUUCCAAAAAAUAAAAUUGUGUAAUCACAAAAAGGAAUUAAGCAGGUGAGCUUCAACAGAAGUCUUAGGAGGUACUAGGAAUUAAAGGAGGAGUGCUGAAAAAGUAAUGAUAAGUAAAAAUGCAGGGUCAGGCACAGCGGCACAGUGGCUCAGGCCUAUAAUCCCAGCAGUUUGGGAGGCUGAGGUGGGAGGACUGCAUGAGACCAGGAGCUGAAAACCAGCCUGGGCAACAUAGUGAGAUCCCAUCUCUACAAAAAAUUUAAAAAUAAAAAAAAAUAGCUAUAAAUUUUUUGUGAAAACCAAUGUAAAUCACGUAUAGGAAAAAGACUGGGACUGGGUGUGGUGGCUCACAACUGUAAUCCCAGCACUUUGGGAGGCUGAAGGGGGUGGAUCACUGAGGUCAGGAGUUUGAGGCCAGCCUGGCUAACAUGGUGAAACCCUGUCUGUACUAAAAAUACAAAAAUUAGCUGGUUGAGGUGGCAGGGUACCUGUAAUCCCAGCUACUCGGGAGGCUGAGGCAGGAGAAUUGCUUGAACUUGGGAGGGGAAGGUUACAGUGAGCCGAGAUCGUGCCAUUGCACUCCAGCUUGGGUGACAGAGCAAGACUUUGUCUCAAAAAACAAACAAACUGUCUGGGCGGGGUGGCUCAUGCCUGUAAUCCCAGCACUUUGGGAGGUUGAGGCAGGUGCAUCAUGAGGUCAGGAGAUCGAGACCAUCCUGGCUAACACGGUGAAAUCCCGUCUCUACUAAAAAUACAAAAGAAAAAAGAAAAAAAAAGUAGCUGGGCGUGGUGGCGGGCGCCUGUAGUCCUAGCUCUUAGGGAGGCUGAGGCAGGAGAAUGGCAUGAACCCAGGAGGCGGAGCUUGCAGUGAGCCGAGAUCGCGCCACUGCACUCCAGCCUGGGCGACAGCGAGACUCCACCUCAAAAAAAAAAAAAGAAUUGCAUGUUUGUUUGUUUUGAGACAGGGUCUCACUCUGUCAUCCGGGAAGGAGUGCAGUGGCGCGAUCUUGGCUCACUAGAGCCUCUGCCUCCUGGGUUCAAGCAAUUCUCCUGCCUCAGCCGCGGAGGAGCUGGGAUUACAGGUGUGCGCCACCACACCCUGCUGUGUUUUUGUAUUUUUACUAGAGAUGGGGUUUCACCAUGUUGGCCAGGCUGAUCAAGACCUCCUGGCCUCAAGUGAUCCACCUUCCUCAGCCUCCCAAAGUGUAGGAUUGCAUGUUUAAAAAAAAUCAAACCUCAUGAAUGAGACCAAAGCGUCUACUGGCGCACAGGAAAAGAACACCCUUUACUUGAAAGUACCCCAGGGAAAACCCAGGCACAGCCUCCCCAGCCUGGCAGCCCCUGCCAGCCUGUACCUAGGGUGGGUGUGAGCGUCCACAGCUGGGAGAGCAGCCGGCACACCCCAGCCCUGCUCCCAGGGUGAGCCACGCAUGCACCAGGCAGAGAACUCCUGGGCUUCGGGCUGCUAAGCCCCAGGGGCCCCAGCGUCACCUGCUCUCAUGCAUGGACUGAGCACCUACUGUGUGCAGGCCCUUCUCAGGGGUGGGAGGGAAGGAGUGGUCUCACCCUACAGAGCUUUCAGGACAACUGAGGAAGUUUCCCAGGGUCCAUGGGAAGUCUGAACCAAAAACUGCUUCCCAGUGAGUGGGACUCCUCACUUUGAGGGAUUUGGGUUCUGAGCCAGUAGAGCAGGCAAUGCAAGAGGAUCCGAUCCCACACCCAGGCUGCAUGGCUCUGGGAGUCCUCCUGCCAGCACUCUCCACCAGGACCCCUGCUGCCCCUCAGAGCACCCCCCACCAGAGUAUGCAGGGCCUCUUGAGCCCACUUGAGCCAGGACGGCACCCAGGCCUGCCUUUCCCUGCCUGCCUGCUCUCAAGGGUUAAGCUAACUUUCUCCAUUUGUGCUAACAUUUUCCAUACAUUCUUUAUUUAUUUUUUUAUUUUAUUUUUUGAGACAGAGUCUUGCUCUGUCGCCCAGGCUGGAGUGCAGUGUUACCGUCUCAAUCUAGGCUCACUACAACCUCUGCCUCCCGGGUUCAACUGAUUGUCUUGCCUCAGCCUCCUGAGUAGCUGGGAUUACAGGCCCGUGCCACCCCCCCGCCCCCACUGGCUAAUUAUUGUAUUUUUUAGUAGAGACGGGGUUUCACCAUGUUGGCCAGGCUGGUCUCAAACUCCUGAUCCACCCACCUCAGCCUCCCAAAGUGCUGGGAUUACAGGCAUGAGCCACCACGCUUGGAUUUCCAUACAUUCUGGCCAUUGGGACCAGCUGUGCACCCAGGUGUCACAUUCCCUGGGUAGCUUGGAGGAUCACAGCCCCUCUGUUCAGGUGGUGGGACUGGGCUAGCCCAUGCUGGUGUCCUGCUCCCAACACUAAACCUGGUUGUCUCAUCCACGCAGGGCCCUCACAGGACCUCCAGUCCAUGCAGGGCCCCCACGAGACCUUCUGGUCUGCACAGGGCCCCCAGAGACCAGGAAGGGUCCCCUCGCUGGAAUUUGAGUCCCAGCCUGAGAGUUGGGCCAGUGGCAUUUGUUCUCCAUGUGUGACUCUGUAAACAGCUUUCCCUCCUGGUUUCUGUCUUUUUUUUUUUUUUUUUUUUUUUCCGAGACAUGGUCUUGCUCUGUUGCCCAGGCCGGAGUGCAGUGGUGUCAUCUUGACUCACUGCAACCUCCACCUCCCAGGUUCAAUCAAUUCCCCUGCCGCAGCCUCCCAAGUAGCUGGGAUUACAGGCGUCCACCACCACGCCCAGCUAAUUUUUUGUAUUUUUAGUAGAGAUGGGGUUUUACCAUGUUGGCCAGGAUGGUCUCGAACUCCUGACCUCAGGUGAUCCACCCGCCUCAGCCUCCCAAAGUGGUGGGAUUACAGGCAUGAGCCACCGUGUCUGCCCUGGUUUCUGUCUUGGGUGUGGUCCCCAAACUCUUAAGCACAGCCUCACACCUCCACCCAGUCAUUCACAUAGACCCUGGGGUACGCGGAGGCAGAGGGUCACCCGCAGAGGAGCUGUCCGCAUGUCCACGGCGGCCUCAGUGUGCCUCCUCUGCUCAGCCCAGGGUGUGGUGAUUCCGUCACUGCUUUAAAUGUGGGGUUCAGGAGGAAUUCUGAUAUAACAGGGACGUCUCCACAUGUCUUCCCUGCCUUAGCGUCUUGAGGUGUACGUGGAAAAAUCCCUGGCAGGGCUCACUCCACAGAGUCCCGGCCUCUGACAUUGAAUCGCCCACAGUCUCUCCAGUUUAUGUGGUAGGGUUCGGGAUUUAUGAAAAUCAAGUACUAAAAAAUGACUUCCUUGUCUCUUUGAAUUCAACUCUGAUUAAUGUUUCAUCCUAUUUAUUAACUUAAAGCAUGAAAUUCCCUUAAGUAUUUUAAAUGGAAUUAAUAUACGUCAUAUAUUUGAUUUUUAUUUUCCUAUAUCAGUUGUUUGGCUAGCAAACAGACCUUCUAAGCAUUUAAACAGUGCUUGUAAAUCUAAUAAAUUAAGCUAAAAAUAUGAAGCACCUUUAAUUCUCUGGAUUUUAAUAUACUUUGUGAGCUUAGUAACAUUUUUCUAUUCCUCUUAAACUUAAAAAAAAAAAAUUGAAAACUAGGCCAGUUUCAGUGGGUCAUGCCUGUAAUCCCAGCACUUUGGGAGGCCUAGGCAGGUGGAACACCUGAGAUCAGGAGUUCAAGACCAGCCUGGCCAACAUGGUGAAACCCUGUCUCUAUUAAAAAUACAAAAAUUAGCCGGGAGUGGUGGCACAUGUGUGCCUGUAAUCCCAGCUACUCCGGAGGUUGAGGCGGGAGAAUUGCUCCCAGGAGGUGGAGGUUGCAGUGAGCCAAGAUUGAGCCACUGCAUUCUAGCCUGGGCAACAAGAGCGAAAGUCUGUCUCAAAAAAAAAAAAAAAAAAAUUGGAGACUAAUAUUAAAGACCACAAUCUAAAGUGUAGGGCUGGAAUGAAUGAAUGAGCUCUCUAGGCGAGCAAAGCCUUUCAGGGCUGAUGUCCCUCGGUUCCAUGAGCCAGGCCUCCGCAGGCUGAGCACUGAGCGCUGUCUGUCUGACCAGAACAUCAUCCACUUGGGCAGCGCCCUCCUGGCCCCAGCCACCAGGGCAGCGUGGGAGCAGAUCCAGUGGAGCGAGGGUGGUUUGGCACAGCUGCUCCGGCGCCUCGAGGUCUACUUCAGCAACAUGGCACGCAACGUGCAGUGGACGUACGUGCAGCCCUUCGUCAUCGUCACCGCCAACAUGGUUCUUGCUGUCGACAUCUUUGACAAGUUCAACUUCACGGGAGCCAGAGUCGCGUGGUUCGACGCCAUUCAUGAAGAAUUCCCCAGGGAGCUGGAGUCCUCCAUCUCCUUCCCAGCCAACUUCUUCAAACCACCUGAAGAAAAAGGUAGAACCGCUUAGAGACCUGCUACUUCCCUCGGAGUCCCCAGCGUUCAGGGAGGGGAGGGCCCCCCCCGCAGGCAUCCCAGGAGGAUGAACACGCCAUACUCCCUGCGCACUGAAGAUCCGGGGCCGGAGUGUUCCGAGUGUUCGCUGGCACCAAGUCGUAUUGGUGACAGCGGGUUGUUUCGUCCAAGUGCUUAGGUAGAGGUUGAGCAUCCUAAUCCUGAAAUCUGAAAUGCUCCAGAAUCUGAACCUUCUUGAGCACCAACCUGACACUUAAAGGAAGUGCUCAUUGGAGGGUAAGUAUGAAAUGAUACUUUAAAAUAAAAAAAAAAUCAAAAUCCAGGCUGAGCACAGUGGCUCAUGCCUGUAAUCCCAGCACUUUGGGAGACCGAGGCAGGGGGAUCACCUGAGGUCAGCAGUUCGAGACCACCCUGGCCAAUAUGGUUAAACCCCGUCUUUACUAAAAAAUACAAAAAAUUAGCCAGCUGUGGUGGUGGGCACCUGUAAUCCCAGCUACUCAGGAAGCUGAGGCAUGAGAAUCGCUUGAGCCCAGGAGGCAGAGGUUGCAGUGAGCCAAGAUGUGCCAGCCUGGGUUACAGAAUGAGACUCUGUCUCAAAAAAAAAAAAAUCCAGAAUGUUCCCAAACAUUUCAGUUAAGGGAUACUCAGCCUUGCAACUGAUAACUUGAGAAAGAAAAGAGAACUGAAAUUUGUAUGUGAGCUGGUUGUCUUUGAUGGGCAGUUGAACCUGUGAAGUUGAACUUGUCAAAGAUGUUGACAGCAAGAACUGGGGGGACAGUUCAUUUACUCAGACAUCACUCCCAGGGCUUUCUUGAACCCUUGCUGUUAUCAAAAUGACCACAACUGUC